AUGGACCUCAGAUCCUCGUCAUCUUCCAAGCCUUCCUCAUCCUUACCUGCCACGACCGACGAAUAUUACCGUAUCCCCCUCUUCACCUAUGUGACACGCACGUCUUCUAUCUCCUACACGACAGACAUCCGCCUCUUCUUUGCAAUAACCGUCUUGAGCUCACUUGUCGUGUAUGCAAGAGGUUUUGGGUGGGAGUUUGUGGUGUUUCUCCUCGCAGGCGGAAUGGUUGUCUGGAAGACUGCGAGACCGAGGGAGGGCAUGGAGUUCAAGAGGGUGAGGAGGGCGUUAAGGGGAUGA